AUGGAGCGGAUCGAGGGGGCGACCGUGGGCCCCUGCGCCGCCUCGCCCUACCUGCGUUCACUGACGCUGCGCUAUCGCCAGGACAGCGUCCAGAAAUCAUGGGACUUCAUGAAGACACAUGACAGCGUGACCAUCCUGAUGUUCAACACGACCCGGAGGAGCCUGGUGUUGGUGAAGCAGUUCCGGCCGGCCGUGUACGUGGCCGAGGUGGAGCGCUGCUUCCCAGGGUCCCUGGCGGCCGCGGACCGGGACCCGUUGCGGGGGCUGCUGCCGGCACUGCCCGGCUCAGCGGGGGUCACGUACGAGCUGUGCGCCGGGCUGGUGGACCAGCCGGGGCUCUCGCUGGAGGACGUGGCGUGCAAGGAGGCGUGGGAAGAGUGUGGCUACCGCCUGGCCCCCUGCGAUCUGCGCCGGGUCGCCACUUACAACCCCUGGCCAUGUGGGGCCAGGCCCGGACAGCAGCUGCUGCUGACAGAUGCCUCCACUUCCUGUGGGAUUAAGCAUUGGCGGCCAGAGCGAGCGCCUGGCGCGGCUCUGGGGGCAGGACCCGGGCGCACAUGGCUGCCAGGUGCAGGAUGGGCGAACCCAGGCCCGGGUGGCCGGCGCGGCCCAGAGCACGCCGAUGGCUCGCCGGGCCGAGACCGGGUGCUGGGGCGAGGAGCCGAGCCGGCCGGCGGGAGAUGCUUCCGCUGGCUUCAGGGCCGCGGAAACGGAGGCGGGGAGCCCCCGGCCCGCGACUCAUCAAAGGCCGGCCGAGGCCGCGGCGGAAACGGGCGCCAGGAAGGGUCGGCGGAGCUCGGCGGCUGGCUGUGGCCCGGGGCCCCUCAGCUCCUGGCGGCCACCCGGGGCCUUCCCACGUGGGGGCAGCUCACUGUGGCGUCAGAGCCAGCCGGGGCUGUCUCCCAGCUUUCCUCCGCUCUGCCCCCCGAGGCCUCGCUGGAGAGCCCCCAGCUCAGGUCUGGCGUAGGACUGACCGGCUCCAACCAGACCAUGUUCUACGCUGAGGUGACGGACGCGCUGCGCAGCGGCCCAGGUGGCGGCCUGGCGGAGGAGGGGGAGCUCAUCGAGGUCAUGCACCUGCCCCUGGACGGCGCCCAGGCCUUCGCAGAUGACCCGAACAUCCCCAAGACCCUUGGCGUCAUCUUUGGCAUUUCCUGGUUCCUCAGCCACGUGGCCCCUGGCCUGGGUCCCCCGUGACUGCCGUGCACGUGCCCGUCUCUGCCUGCCCACCCUGCAGACCCAAAUAAAGGCUCAGGUAGCCCUG